AUGUCUAGCGGUGUUCCUGAUUCUGGUCCUCUAAGUGCUGGUUCUUCCAAUGAUGACGAAUCUGCUUUUGAGCAAUGGCGACGCACAUUUUCUGUAAUAACGGGCCUCGGUGGUACAGCUCAGGAGCGGCAAGCGGAGAUGGAACGGCUUCAGGGUCAAACUUGCGAGAAGUGGAAGAGAGAACUCAUGAAUUACAGUCCUGCCGUUGUCUUUAUGCUGAAACACCUCAGAUUGUCCGGAUGUGUUGUGUCGUCGAAAGAUAUCGUGUGCGUUCCGUGCGACUAUAGUCGAGCAGGCGGGUUCAAUCCGGACGCAGGCGCAAUCACCCUUUGCCAGGGCAGGUUCUUCAGCAAGAAUCACAUGGAAGACACGCUGGUGCACGAACUCGUACACAUGUACGAUCAUGCCAAAUUUAACGUCAACUGGAGAAACCUGAGGCAUCAUGCCUGCAGUGAGAUCCGCGCCAGUAGCCUGAGUGGUGACUGCAGGUGGACCCGCGAGCUUCGUCGUGGCUUUGUAUCAUUCUCCAAGCAGCACCAGGCAUGUGUCCGACGACGGGCCAUUCUAUCUGUCAGUGCCAAUACAGCAUGCCCGGACGAAGCAACAGCCGAACGUGUCGUGAAUGAGGUCUGGGAGAGUUGUUUCAACGAUACCAGGCCAUUCGAUGAGGUGAAUUGCUUUUCCCAAGGUCCAGCAAACGAGAAUGCAACUUUCCGCCCCCUUGUGCGACGUUGUCCGGUCUUCCUCUCUCCGUCCUUCCCUCGCCUCUCCUCCAUCCGACGACCUCCACCCAGUUUCAAGAUGUUCGCGAAGAUCAGUGCCUUGGCUACCCUCGCCGCUUUCGCAUCCGCCGCUACUGCCCAGAUCACCUUGCAAACGCCGACUAACUGGCAGAGCGGAACGUCAGCGAACAUCAGUUGGACUGCGACAGACUCGGCUUCUUUAUUCUCCUUGGAGUUGGUGAAUUCCGUUUUCCACAACGCGUUCGCCAUUGCAGGCAAUAUUCAACCCUCGUUGGGUUUCCUGAGCUUUGAAAUGCCAUCUGUUCCUCCUGGGGCGGGCUAUGUUUUGGAAGCAGUGAACGUCACCAACAUCAACGACGUGUAUGGAUCGUCCGGAUCCUUCAGCAUUGCGCAGACCCCUUCGACUACAACGUCGUCGACUACAAGUUCCAGUAGCUCUACUACUUCUUCUUUGUCUACUACGGGGUCGACCACAACUACGGGUUCCAGUUCGUCAUCAUCGUCAUCCACUACUAGCGCUGCUACAACUACCAGUUCUGCACCUGCUACCACGAACUUCAACGGUUCUCCGGCCAAGUUUGAUCUCAGCCUUGGCUCAUGGGCUGUCAUGGCUGCUGGUGCUGUUGCUGGCGCUUUCGUUGCUCUGUAA